AUGGCCACAUGUAUAGCAGACUCCCAGGGCAAUGGGAGCCUUGAGCACCUUUCUACAGCUACCACCAUCCAAAAACAAAAUCAAGAGGCUGAUGCCAAAGAAGGACCAACUGUUCAUUGUGUUGAGGUGUCUUGUAAUCCGUCAUUAAUAGAACCUACAUGUUCCAGCUCUGAGAUACAAGGAACUGCAAAAAUGAGGAAAAAUGACACUGCUUCCAGACAUUUGGUUCCUCCAUCUGAUGAUGAUGAAAAUGAACAGUCAAAAUCUAUUCAAAGAAAGAGAGUGCUUCCAUCUUGGAUGCUGGAAAGAGAUCUCCUGGUUCAGGGGAUUUCUGAGCCUGUGAUGAAAGGAGGUAGUAGAAUGAAAAAAGGCCAAGGAAGUGGAGAAAGUAAUAUGGAGUCAUUAAAAUCAGAAGUAAGUGUGCAGCAGAAAAAAAGAUUAGCUUCUGAAGAAACUGUAGAGGAUUUCGAAGGUGAAGAGCAAGAUCAAGGGAAAAGGAGCUGCCUUUCCAUCUCUGUCCCUUCAUCUCAGAAUCCAUCUGGAUUUCCUCUUGAAAGUACCAUGAGAAACAUGGAAGGAAAUGGCAAGACUGGAACAAAAAACCCUGGAAGUUCUCUGGAAAAAAAUGUUAGGGAGCUGCAUAGUAAAUUAUCUAAAGGAAUAGGUCAGAUCUCCAGUAAAACAAAUGUAAUUGAGAAAACAGAAAACAAAGAGCAGAUUUCUGGUUCUACAAGCCAACAAGCUCACUGGGGCAGGACUUCCCAAUGUUUUGGUGCCCAGGAAGGGAUUCUUGAGCCUGAUGCAAAUCUGGAUUACAAGACUGAGAUUUCUGACUCAACCAGCAGUGCAGAUGCUUCAGGAAACUCCAAACAGAUCAAGCAUAAGAGGACACCUUGCAUGUAUGGAACAGGCUGUUACAGGAAGAAUCCCAUUCACUUUCAGCAAUUCAGUCACCCUAAUGAUGAUGACUAUCAUGAAACUGAGGUGGUAACUCAGGAUAAGGAUGAUAACCGGCCUGAGUGUCCAUAUGGAACAGCCUGUUAUAGGAAGAAUCCACAGCACAAGCUAGAAUACAAGCACAGUGCACCUCCAGUAACUGAAAGAGGAACUAGACAACGAACUUCCAAGAAUGGAAGGAGGGCUGGGGAGAAGGACUGUGCUGAUGAUGAUGAACCAAAUGAAUAUGACCUUAAUGACAGCUUUAUAGAUGAUGAGGAAGAGGAGUGUGAACCUACUGAUGAAGACUCUGACUGGGAGCCAAGUUCAGAAGACAAGGAUGAUAAGGAAGAUGUUGAAACGCUUUUGCAAGAAGCAAACAGAUUUGUUAAGACCAAAAAGUAG